UAGGUGGCUGUGACGCACCUCUAUGGCCUUGCUACACAUCAACAGAAGAAGACCAGGGAGCAGCAGAAGCGUCGCAGAAAAAGUAGCAGUAGAAGAAGAAGCCGGCUCCACCAAUGAAUGGCGACUGGGAGGAAACAUUGCUCAACACUUUUCUCUCCACUUCCCGGUGUUUGGACUGUGUGGUCGGACCGGGAGACGCUGCAAAGAUGUCCGACAACGGUGGCUCGGCUGUCGGCCUCCUGUCUUACGAGACUCUGGUUCAUGCUGUGGCAGGUGCAAUGGGGAGUGUGACAGCUAUGACCGUCUUCUUCCCUUUGGACACGGCCAAAAGCAGACUGCAGGUGGAUGAGAAGCGAAAGGCUAAGUCUACCCCCAUCAUCCUGGCUGAGAUAGCAAAGGAAGAAGGCCUUCAGUCUCUGUACAGGGGCUGGUUACCAGUCAUCUCCAGCCUCUGCUGCUCCAACUUUGUCUACUUCUACACCUUCCACACGCUGAAGAAGCUGGUGGCAUCCGGUCCAGGCACGUCCAGACCCGGCAAAGACCUGCUCAUGGGGGUCGUAUCAGGGGUGGUGAAUGUGAUCCUGACUACUCCCAUGUGGGUGGUGAAUACUCGAUUGAAGCUGCAGGGAGCAAAGUUCAGAAACGAAGACCUGCAGCAGACCCAGUACAGGGGCAUAUUUGACGCUUUCUCGCAGAUCAUAGCCAAUGAGGGCGUGGGAACUCUGUGGAACGGCACUCUGCCCUCUCUCAUCCUCGUCCUCAACCCGGCAGUACAGUUCAUGUUUUAUGAGGCCAUGAAGAGGAGGGCAGGGAAAGGAGGGAAGAGGAUAUCCUCAGCAGAGAUCUUUCUCAUUGGAGCCAUUGCCAAGGCCAUCGCUACCACUGCAACAUAUCCUCUUCAGACAGUUCAGGCCAUCCUGAGGUUCGGCCAGUACAAAGGUGACGGCAAAGGCGGCGUGAUCGGAAGCCUCUCGAACAUUUUCUCCCUGCUCGUGGAUCGAAUCAAGAGGUAUGGCGUUCUCGGCCUGUACAAAGGCCUGGAGGCCAAGCUGCUACAGACAGUGCUGACGGCUGCCCUCAUGUUUGUGGUGUAUGAGAAGAUCACUGCUGCUACCUUCAAAGUCAUGGGCCUGAACAAGAAACUGAAGCAGUGAACACAUAGCCGGCUGGAUACAGUACAAGUAUUAGAUCCCCACGCUUGCCCAAAACAUACACCACAACCAGGGAUAGGUGUAAUACUUUUAAUAUACUCUCUUUCUUAACCUUUAACUGGUUCCAUUUGUGCAGACUGGCCUUAAUUGCCUCCACUGGUGAACCUCUGGUGAUCUUACAGGAGCUGAAUUGAGUUUGAUUAUCAAGGUAAAGGGACGCAAAUUAGUGUCACUAACUCCAAUAAGUUAUGAGAAUGUAUUUGUCCUUUGAUUUGGCUGUAUUCAAAAGAUUCUUCUGAUGUAAGUAGUUUGUUGAAUGCAGAGCUAAAGUGGCUCCAAUCUUAAUUAAUUUAACCUUUGUGAGGCUAAAUUAAUCAUUGUGAACAUUGAAUCAUAUCUUAGCAUAAAAUGAAAAUAAAAAACACCAGCUGAGAUUUUAAAAGUAGUUUGGAAAAACUUGUAAAAGGAGAAGUUUGACAUUUGGGAAUAUCCUCUUUUUGGCUUUCUUGCCUGGAGUUAGUGGAGAUGAUUGAUACUCAUGUAACAUUACAAUAAAUUUGAAGCCACCACCAGUUAGCUUAGGACAAAGUCUGGAAACGGGGAGACGGCUAGCCUGGCUUUGUCGAAAGGCGACUAAAUCUGCCUACCAGCACUUCUAAAUCCCAGUUCAAACCAAAAAUUCACGACGAGUUGAAAUAGUUUCAGAACGUGUUAAUUAAUAAGCUUUAUAGAGCCAAUCUUUGUGCUAAGCUAAGUUAGCGGGCUGCGGUAGCUUCAUAUUUAGGUGUUACAGAUAUGAGAGCAGUGACUAAAACAUAACCCAAUGUCAAUAAAAUGUUUCUGAUUCUUAUCGAAAUCUCGGCAAGAAAGUGAAUAAGCGUGUUUCCCAAAAUCUUUUUAAAGUGAGGGGGUUUGUUGCAAAUGAUGAGACCAAUAAGGCGCCUAGCUACUGAGGAUUGCCUUGAUCUAAGCUACUGGACCAGUCUUCACAUACUGUCUUAUGUUUUAACUGUGAAUUUAACUCAGUUUGAUAGAAACCUCAUGAAAUUCCUGCCAGAUAAAUGUUUUUAAUGUACUGAUUUGAGAUUAUUACACACAAAUUAGAAGUUAUAACAACAGUGAAAGGGAGAGAAGUGCAGAGCUCCCUUUCAUAUUUAUAAACUCGUGUGUAAAAUGUUUGUAAAAGAAACUUUUCCAGCUCAUAAAGGUCUUAAUUUUAACAUUCAUAAUAUAUUAAGUAAAAAUGAAUGUAAUAUAAACAGGAAUGAGAGUACUUAAGCCUACACAGUUACAUGUGUACAAAGACUGCAGUAGGUGCUAAAUUAUAUCACAAAACUACUAUGAACUGAGCUUUAAUGACUGUUGAUGAUUUACACUAACCCAUUAUGCACUCAACUGUCUGCUGCCUUCUUCAUGAUUGUAUCGGCCAGUAUGAACAUUUUAUCACGCAGGUGUCUUCCUUUAUUUACCUCAGCGUCCUGCUUUGUGUAGAGUAGUCGGGGCUCGCAGUAAUUUACCGCGUUUGUUAAUCACAGUGCUCUUUCUCUGAUUGGGUGAUUGGAAUUUUUUCAUUUUAAAACCAUUUGAUUCACUUUUUUUGUUGGUGUUAAAACUGGUUGUUAAAUCUGUUUAUGUGAGUUGUAAUGGUUACAAAAGGUGUUGCACUCAGUUUUACUUUGUAAAAUAACAUUUAAAGAGUUCAUCACCUUCCUGUGUAUGAAUCUGUGCCAGUGGUGUAGCCUAGCUGCAAAUGGUGAUACUGCCCUGACCUUUUUGCUUACUCACACACCUCCUGUCCUCAGGUACACCAUACAUGUGUGUGUGUGUCAGCAGACUGUAUAACUGUAUAAAUUGUAGCUUUCACUUCAUUCUGUUUUGUGCUUUAAAAUGAGGUAAUAAAUGCCUAUAUGUACCAGAAAAUAAAUGGCAAUAUCUGAGGACAGCAAGUGAAAAGCAAAACAAACGAAAGAAAAUGUCCCAGGAGGAAGAAACUUGUUUUAUUUAAUAGUAAAGAAGGAACCCAAACAUGAAUGUGUCACUAUUAGUUAUAAAACAGAUACUGGACUACACUGUGGAUGUUAAUUACUGUCUUCUUCAUAACUGUUUUUUUCUUUUCUGCCAAUGACAGAACUUGACAUUGCUGAAAUAUUUUGUCUUUACAGUUUACAUGAACAUAUUUUGUAACUGAUGCAAUACUUACUUGAAGUCAUCUUCACUUAUUUACAUUAUGAUUUUUUAAAACAUUCUUUUCUAAUUUUGUCUCAAUUAAGCAUUAACAUACCACUGUUUUGGUAUUUAAAUUAUUGUUAUAACUCAAGAAUAAUAAAGUUUGAGAAACAG